AGAUGAUUAAGAUUGAGUGAGUUAAAUUGUGAUGAAAACAAAAAGCGAUCGUUAUAAAUCAGCUAAUUGUUAUUAAUUCUUUCGAUCACCUUAGUUUUGUUAUUUUGAUUACUCUCCAUCUCUCUCUCUCUCUCUAUGUGUGUGUUUGUUUGUAUUGAUUACAAUCAAUAACAAUUAUCGUCUCUCGCAUUUUGAUUGUGAUCAUCUUUCAGUAUAAUUGUUAUCAUCUAAUUGUUGAUAAUUGUUAUAUUUAUUGUAUUUAAGUGAUUGUCCAUCAUCAUCAUUAACCAACAAGAAAGUUACUUUGUGUCUCUCUGACAAUUUACCUGAGAUUAAAAAUUUUUCAUUCUUUUUAUUGUUCAACUUUUUUUCCACCUUCAAGUUUGUUAAUUCAUUUAAUUGGUUGACCAUUAGACUGACCAUGUCGCACGGGGAAAAGGCUGUUGAUUUGGAUCAUCUAAUUAACUCAUUGAGUGAACUAUUUAGUACCGAUCUUGUCGAUAUCGAAAAGGUCAAACAAUUAAUGUCAUCGUAUCAAAGUAAUCCCAAAGAAUGGCGGAAAUAUGCCCACUUUGACCGUCACAGGUACACCAGGAAUCUGGUUGACACAGGUAACGGUAAAUAUAAUCUCAUCCUAUUAUGUUGGUCCCCUGGUCAAGGGAGUAGUAUUCAUGAUCAUGCUAAUUCCCAUUGUUUCAUGAAGAUUAUGUCUGGAUCACUUGUUGAGACACAAUUUCAAUGGCCUGAGGAUAAAGAGGUAACAAGUGAUAAUGAUUAUGAUGAUGAGCUGAAAAUAAUUUCAUCAACAACUUACAAAUGUGAUCAAGUAACUUACAUCAAUGACUCAAUUGGUCUUCAUCGAGUGGAAAACAUGAGCCAUGUCGAACCUGCGGUCAGUCUUCAUCUCUACAGUCCAGCGAUCACUAAUUGUCGCAUCUUCGACCAGCGAACAGGUAAAAGUACCCAAGUUUCGGUGACAUUUCAUAGCGAAAGCGGCAUUCGAACUCCAUUCAAGGUAACCGAGAAAAAAGGAUUCUUAUUAUAUGAGAGUAAUGAGAAAAAUGGAGGAGAAACUUUAAUUAACUCUACUACCGAUAAUUUAAUUGCUUCCAACGUAAUCAGCCAAGGAAAUUAAUUGUUUAUCAUUGAUCAUCGGAAGCGAUUAUUAUUUGUUAUCAAAAUAUUACUUUUACUGUGUCUUAAUUAUUUCCGUCAACUUUUGUCAACAACAAUCAAACUAAUCAUCGUCUCUCAUUUUUCAAUUAACUAAUUUAGAGAGAUACAAUUAUGUGAAAUGGUUAAUUGUUAACUCAUUGAUAACUUUUUUUUUCAAAUCUUUAGACAAAUAUUAAAUAUUAUUUACACACAA